AAUGUGUAAAAAUUAUGUUUAGGAUAAUUUUGUUUUUGGAGCCAUGUGCAAUUGUAGAGAUUAAAGUCAUUAAAUGAUCCUCUAUUUUAGCAUAUUCUUUCAUAGAACUUCUAGUACUCUCUUUCCUAUUUUUUUUUCAAUUUCAUUUUUAAAUCGUGGUGAAGUUCUCUUUUCAUUGCUUAAAAGAAAAUUUCAUGUGGUUGAUAUUGUUAUUUCUAAUUUUCCAAUUUUAAAUAACCCACCUAAAAAUUUCACUUGCAAAAAUUUUUUUGUAAAAGUGAACGAAAUGAGAGAAAAAAAUUAAGAUGGGAGAAUACAGUUUCUCCAAAUGCCAUAUUUGCGAAAAUCAAAAUCUGUUUCUUUCGCUAAGCUGGUAAACAGAAAACCGCACAGCUAUGGCAUAUCCAAGAACAUUAGCCACACCGGCAACUCUGCGCCCAAUUUUCCCCUUCAAAAAAAUCACGCCCGAGCUGAAUCUGAAACACACAAAUCGGGUUCCCAUUUCAAGCCGGCUGCUCGCGCCCUGGUGCACUUGAUCCGGGAAUGUGGCAACUCUGGGUGGUUUUUGCAGGGCGAGCAUCUCCAUUGCCAUGUUCUGAAAUAUGGGUAUGCUUCCGAUGUCUAUGUUUCCAGUGCCAUGAUCCUUUUCUAUGUGAAGCUUGAGGCAAUCAGCGAUGCACGCAAAGUGUUUGUUGAAGUGUCUGAACCAAGUCUUGUUUCUUGGAAUACUCUGAUUUCUGGGUAUGUGCGGUGUAAGGAGUCCACUAAAGCUUUGAACUUGUUCAUUCAGCUAGAAAGAUCUGGUCUUUGCGCAGAUGCCUAUACGUUUUCAGCUGCUUUAUCGGCUUGCGGGCAGCUGAGCUUGCUCCAUUUCGGGCAGUCAAUACAUUCCAAGAUCGUGAGACAUGGGGUGGAGUGUAGUCUUGUUGUCGGAAAUUCUUUGAUUGACAUGUAUGGAAAAUGUGGAUGUGCCCAAAGAUCAAUCACGGUGUUUGAUGGUAUGAUGGAUAAAGAUAGAAUUUCUUGGAAUUCAGUCAUUGCAGCAAGUGUUCGAAAUAAGAGUCUUGAAACGGCCUUCGCGUUUCUACACCAGAUGCCUAAUCCUGAUACAAUCACACAUAACGAACUAAUAAGUGGAAUUGCCCAGUUCGGUGAAAUUGAAGACGCGAUUGAUCUUUUAUCAAAAACACCCAACCCAAACUCGUCUUCGUGGAAUUCUAUUAUAACAUGGUGCGUGAAUCGAAGCAAGGGAGACCAAGCCCUAGAGUGCUUCUGCAAAAUGCACAUUAGUGGCAUUAGAAUGGACCAAUUCACAUUUUCAAGCAUUCUAAGUGGAACAGCAAAUGUUGCAGGCAUUACAUGGGGGAGAUUGAUCCAUUGUUGCACAGUGAAGCACGGGUUGGAUAUGAGUGUAGUUGUUGGGAGUGCUCUUGUUGACAUGUAUUCCAAAUGUGGGAAAGUGAAUCGAGCCGAGGUAUUGUUUGAGACACUACCCAGAAAGAAUUUGGUGACAUGGAACGCUAUGAUAUCAGGUUAUGCUCAUAACGGCGAGUCCCACAUGGUGUUUCGUCUAUUCGAACGCAUGAAAAUGGAGACAGAUUUACACCCAGAUGGAAUCACCUUCCUCAACAUCUUGUCUGCUUGUUGGGACAGAAGAAAACCUUUGGAAGCUGCGCGCCAGUACUUUGAGUCAAUGGUUAAGCAGUAUGGGAUUUCUCCCACAGCCGAGCAUUGUUCGUCCAUGAUAAGACUCAUGGGGAGAGAAGGGGAGGUGGGUGGUGGGGAGAAGAUGAUAAGAGAUUUGGGACUUGACAAUUGCGCAAUGGUUUGGCGAGCCCUAUUGGGAGCUUGUGUAGCUUGCGGGGAUAUAAAAGUUGCAGAAAUGGCAGCCGAAAAGGUGAUAGGAUUGGAAGGCGAGAGCGAUUUUGUUUAUGUGCUAAUGUCUAAUGCCUAUGCCUUUUAUAGGAAGUGGAAAGAAGUGAAGGGAAUGAGGAUGUUGAUGAAGGAGAGACAUGUAGUGAAAGAGUGUGGUCAUAGUUGGAUUGAGGUGUAAUGGUAAGGGAGUUAAUGAAUUUGAAAUGGAAAAAAGAAACAAAAUGAUCUUUUCAAUGGAAUGAGAAACCUCAAAGAAAUGUCAACUAAGAUUGGGUUGAGAAUUUUAUGAAUUGUACAAUCACUAAUAAAAUUGCACAAAGGUUUUUGUGGUAUGCCAACUACUCCUAUUUGUUUAUAAAAAGUUGGAUAUGCAUAGAAGAAUAUGUAACACAGACUAAACUAGAGCUACACGCAUUUUUUCUCUCUUUCUUAAUUAAGAGGUCAUUGUAAGGGUUGUGAAAAAACUCUCACAUGCAUCCUCAGUAAACUUUAUAGUUACUA